AUGAGGAGGAUCAGAAUCGUGAGGGUGAAAGGUGGUGUAGAGGACAACAACGUUGAUAGUCCUGAGUUCGUUCGCGUUUCCCCCGCUCCCCAAAUCGUGGGCCAGAAACGACCUCGUGCCCUUUCCUCCUCUUCCUCUUCCUCUUCUUCUUCUUCUCCUUCCGGGGUUCCCCCCCCUGCCAACGCCGACGCUGCCGCUGCCGCUGCUGCCGCCGCCCGUCCUGUCGCCGCUCUCCGUCCCCCUGUCGUUCCCCGUCCCGCCGCCGUCGUCGCUGCUCCUGUCGCCGCCGCCGCCGCCGCUUCUCCCUCUCCUCCCCGAGGGGAGCCUUCGCCCAAACGGGUGAAGAGGUCAUUACGGGAAGAAGAGUACUUGUGGAGUAAGUUGGAGUCUGAGCCUGGUCGUUGGGUUGCGGUUGGUGUUGAUGAGGCGUGCGAUCGUUGCCGACGUGAGAUCAUCACGUAUAAUCGUCCGAACUGGCCCUGCCUCAAGGCAGUCCGGCCACACAACAAAGCCCUCCGCUGUGCUUCAUGCACAUCUGGUCCCUGCUCCUUCUGUCCCGUCUCCUCUGCUCGGGACAUCCCGCCCCGUCCCUCCGACUCUUCGCCUUUCCCCCCUCCUCAGACUCCAGCGUCCGUCCCCCGUUCGCGGGUACCUCCUUCGUCUCUCCGGUCGGUUCGCCGGACUUCGCCGGACCUCCGCCCGUUGCCUCCGUCGCCGUCGCCCUUCGCUCCUGUGGCCGGCCCAUCACGUCUCCCGGCUGUUCCUCCUUCGUCUUCUCGCCGUCCUUCGGCCUCCCGUCCUUCGGCGCCACGUCCGUCCUCUCCAGUGGUAGCUUCUCCUCCAGCUCACGGCAGCCGAAGUCGGCGUCCUUCUGUUGCUCCGGCCACUUCGGCGGCCCCUCCCGUCACCCCUCCCUCUGCUUCCCAGAAGACACCGAAGUCUUCUUUAAAGAAAUCAAAAGGGAAAUCUAAAGAGAAGGAGGUUGCCUUCAAUGAUGGUGAUGUGGAAGAUGAAGAUACUCAGCGUGCUGGUCCCUCUGCUCCCCGGUUGUCCCUCGUCCACCCUCGUAUCUCCCUGGACGUCCGUAUUCCUGAGGACGAAAAGGAAUUCGCCACUUAUCGUUCUCUCGUCCUCGGUCUCACUACUCAGCUCGAGGCCGCCCAAAAUGAUACAUCUCUCCUGCUUGACUUCUCUUCUCGUCAAGCUAACGCUUUAAACAGUCUCACUGCGGCGUUAGUAGAUGUAGUCAAUACUGGGGCUCUGGACGACGAAGCAAGGACGAGGUUAGCGGACGUCUCUCGCCGAAGCCUUACUGAGAUAGCCGAUGUUCGCCGAAGACUGUUCGACACCCCCUUCCUAGUUACUCCUAUGGCGUAUGAGCCACCACUGUCCCUUGACUGGUUAGGUCGCCGUAGUAGUUCUCGUGUCCCAGCUUCCGCCCAGACUGCUCUCGACCUCCUCAGUCUUCCCUUCGAGUGUCUACGGACCAUACGUUCUCUGUGGAAGACUCCGAGCAUGCAAGCUGCUCGAGAUGUCCAGGACUUCGGUGACUUCUUCGGGGCUAUGAAUCGGGCAUGGAAUGCUUCUCUCUCUACUGCGUUCCCGUCUGAGACUCUCGAUCUACCUUCGGUCAUUGGUAGCCUCCACACCAAUCCCGCGGGACCGAGUAGAGCGAAGGAGAAAGGAAAAGGAAAGGGUAAGAGUAAGAGCAAGGACAAGUGA